AUGCAUCAUCUUCUCUACGCCCAUGUCUUCUUGUGCUGCUUCAGUGUGGCCCAUUCCUUUUGUCCUUCCCAGUGCACUUGUGUUUACCACGGACGGAGUGAUGGAAUGGGGACCAGAUCGGUGAUAUGCAAUGACCCAGACAUGUCCGACAUCCCCGUCAACGUCCCCGUGGAUACAGUCAAACUGCGGGUGGAGAAGACGGCUGUGCGGCGCAUCCCCACCGAGGCCUUCUACUACCUGAACGACCUGCGCUACCUGUGGAUCACCUACAACUCUAUCUCCUCUGUGGACCAUGCCGCCUUCUACAACCUCAAGGUCCUCCACGAACUGCGUCUGGAUGGGAACCUGAUUUCCACCUUCCCCUGGAAGUCCCUGAAGGAGAUGCCCAGUCUGAGGAUGCUGGAUCUUCACAACAACCGCUUGACCACUGUGGCUGUGGAGGCUACCCCAUACCUGGUCAACAUCACCUAUCUGGAUAUCUCCAGCAACAAGCUGACCACUCUGUUUUCGGACUUCGUGGAUAUCUGGCCACCUUUCAAUGGAAUGCCCGUCUCCUCCAACUUGUCCCAGAAAGUGGUGCUAGGUCUUCAGGACAACCCGUGGGUCUGCGACUGCAGGAUCUCCAAGCUGAUCGAGCUUUCCAAAAUGUCUGACACGUCAGUGGUACUAAUGGACCAGUUCCUGUCUUGCAGCGGGCCUGAAAACCUGGCUGGUGUUAUGUUCCAAAGGGUGGAACUGGACCAAUGUCUCAAGCCAUCCGUCAUGAUGUCAGCCACCAAGAUCACAGCCUCGGUGGGCAGCAAUGUGCUCCUGCGGUGUGAUGCCACGGGUUACCCCACGCCUACCCUCAUCUGGACUACUUCAGAUGGCUCACGUGUCAACAACACAGUUGUCCAGGAGUCUCCAGGAGAGGGUGUCCGAUGGUCCAUCAUCAGCCUGAAUGGGGUCUCGUACAAAGACAAUGGGGAGUACAGCUGCAAGGCUAAGAACUUUGCCGGCAAUGCAGAGGCUGCCAUCACCCUGUCUGUGGCAGGUUAUGUCACUACAAACAUGCCUCCAGAGAGGCCAGACAUAGAGGCUGCAGGGAAUAGCCCAUCCACAACGUCCUCUACUCCUGAAACUGGCUUCUCAAACUCCCCUAGUGCCCCGUCUACCACCACCGCCCCACCUACCACCACGCAUCCAGCCAUCUUGCCACCCAUCCUCACCAAGAAGAAACCCACGCCCAGCAACGUGCAGCAGAUAGCACCAUCCAAACCAUCCGAAACCCCGCAAGGCAGCGACAGGAAGCUAGCGGCGGAUCAGAGUGAAAAGAAAGAUGCUUCGAAGUCUGUCCAAGAUCUCGAGAUCGUGGAGGAAACGCCGGAUAGCGCGGUUCUACUCUGGACGACCGAAGGUUUGCCGAGCAAUGCACCUCUCACCGUUGUUUACUCCACUUAUGAUGAGGAGGACAACUCCAAAAGGACAAUGGACACCGAUGCCGGGAGUGGCAAAGUUCUACUCGAAGGCUUGACUUCUGGAAUGAGGUACCAGGUUUGUCUGGUUUCCAAGGGAAGUGCCGCGGGAAAAGACCCCUGUAUCAACUUCUUUACUCUGGACCUUGUUGAGGACAAUGCUGCGAACAAGCUGCUGAUGAUCAUCAGCAGCUUUGCCUGCGCCGUGGCUUUACCUGUCAUUGGUUUGCUGGUCUACAAGAUCCUCUCACUCUAUUGCAGGAGCAAUGUGCCUUCUUCGGACGAGGAGCUAUCUAAAGACACAUAUGUGAAGUUUGAGACAAUAUCAAUGAAGCAGAGGACCUUCAACGCUAAUCCCGCUGAAUUGUGGACCUACAGGCAGACCAAGGAGUCCCAAGAGAGGAUGCUCCUCUGCUCCAGGUCGAGCAUUGACUCACAAAUAACAUACAAGAGUGACAGUUCCAGAUCAGAAUUUUUGUGCUAG